AUGAAGAUGAAAUAAUUUCUCGAGUGCGAAUAUGCACUUUCAAAUCGCAUUAAGUGUGCAACAUGUCACACUGUGAUAUACAAACAUGAUCUCAAGAUUGGACACAUAUUUUUGAGGAAGGAUGAAGGUAAUUACCUUAAAUUCACUAUAAAAUAGGCUAGCAAUUUGAUAAAAAGGUAUGGUAUCAUGUCCAUUGCGUUAAAAAAUGGCCUACUGGGGAAAAAGGCUAAGAAUUACCCCUCUUUAGGUUACAAUCACUCAAGGCAGAAGACCAAUUAAGAAUCAAGGAAUUAUAUAGGUCCUUACAAGAGAAACCUAAAAGUAAGUUGUUAUUGGUUUAUUCAAAGGUAAAAAGGAAAUCAAAGUCCUAUCUAAGCAAGAACAAUAUGAGAAGUAUGUGACUGUGAAGAAUUUAAGCGAUCCCGCCCAAAUAGAUGAGGACGAUGACUGCAUAAUGUUGUGA